UCAUAACCUCCUACGAAGGUCCGGCCUGUACGAUAAAGAUCCGCCACUAAUGAAGUUAACCAAUAAUGCGUUCUAUAAUUGCACUGACUGGCACCCGCAGAUCUCAACAUGAGCGCUUGUAAUCCAUUUCGAAUAACCGUAGCAAGCCGACAUUAGACUAUCCGGUCAUCCAGUAGAUACAUCCGGUCACGUGAUUUGUAUUCGCCGGAUAGCGUCUAACCUCAAGUCCAGACAAAGUCCGGCACUGACUGAUCCUCCGAACAUCGCGAUCUUGCGUUAUCUCUCAGGUACAAUUGAUAGCCGACAGUCAUGGCUGGCAAGCACCCGAUCCACGUCCACCCCCCGCGACCUUUCUAUCGCUUUGCCGCGACCGCGCUAGGAGCGAGCAUGUGGUUCUUCUUGUUCUACCGAGCUAAGCAGGACGGCCCUGCAUUGAUGGGUUGGAAGCACCCGUGGGAUCACUGAUGGGCUACGACUGCAUUCGAGAGCGUCCCAGUGAAAUUACAUGCGAGCAGAAGAAGUGCAGGAGAAUCUUUUCAUGGCCGUCCUGUAUAUUUAUUACUACAAUCGAUUUGUCUCCGGCUUAUGAGGCCCUAUUCCCCGAAGAUCGAGGCACAUAGAUAUUGUCAAACACCACAUAAAACAUGAAAGCGCAAUAUCUAUUCUUCUGAUGACGACAAUAUCUUACAUAUAGCACAAA